AUGCCGGGACCUAAGUUCUUCGACUCACGCCGGGAGCAGGGCGGCUCCGGGCCCGGGUCGGGCACCAGCGGCGGCGGCGGCGGCAGCAGCGGCCCCGGUAGCGGCUACAUCGGCCGGGUCUUCAGCAUCGGCCGGCACCAGGUCACUGUGGACGAGGUGCUGGCGGAAGGUGGCUUUGCAAUCGUGUUCCUGGUGAGGACGAGCAAUGGGGUGAAGUGUGCCCUGAAGAGGAUGUAUGUCAAUAACGAGUACGACCUGCAGGUCUGCAAGAGAGAGAUCCAGAUCAUGCGGGAUCUGUCUGGCCACAAGAACAUUGUGGGCUACAUCGACUCCAGCAUCAACUCUGUCAGCAGCGGGGACGUGUGGGAGGUGCUGAUCCUCAUGGACUUCUGCCGGGGGGGACAGGUGGUGAACCUGAUGAACCAGCGCCUGCAGACCGGAUUCACCGAGAGCGAGGUCCUGCAGAUCUUCUGCGACACCUGCGAGGCCGUGGCCAGGCUGCACCAGUGCAAGACUCCCAUCAUCCACAGGGAUCUGAAGGUUGAAAACAUCCUGCUGCAUGACCGUGGCCACUACGUCCUGUGUGACUUUGGAAGUGCUACUAACAAAUUCCAGAACCCUCAAACAGAAGGGGUGAAUGCAGUGGAGGAGGAGAUCAAGAAGUACACGACAUUAUCCUACAGAGCACCAGAGAUGGUGAACCUGUACAGUGGCAAACUCAUCACUACAAAAGCAGAUAUUUGGGCCCUGGGCUGUUUGCUGUACAAGCUGUGCUACUUCUCCUUGCCCUUUGGGGAGAGCCAGGUGGCCAUUUGUGACGGCAACUUCACCAUUCCAGACAACUCCCGGCACUCCCAGGACAUGCACUGCCUCAUCCGCUACAUGCUUGAGCCAGACCCUGACAAGAGACCUGACAUUUAUCAGGUCUCCUACUUUGCUUUCAAACUGGCCAAGAAGGACUGCCCGGUGCAGAAUGUGCAGAGUCAACCAAAGGCCAGGCUCACAGACCCCAUCCCUACAACAGAAACGUCCAUAGCACCCCGCCAGAGACCUAAAGCAGGACAGACCCAGCCCAACCCUGGAAUUCUGCCCAUCCAGCCAGCCCUGACGCCCAGGAAGAGAGCCACAGCCCAGGCAGCCAUGCAGCCCCAGGUUGCAGGCCCGGCUGCCCUGGGCAGUGCCCAGCCNNNCCUCCCUGCCAGCACCCCCCAGCCAAAAGCAGCCCCCCAGCAGCCUCCAGCCCAGCCCCAGGCCAAGCUGGCAACAGUGCCCCCAGCACAGCCCCAGGUCCCCUCCACACAGCCUCAGGCCACCCCUCAGCAUCAGCAGCAGCUUUUCCUGAAGCAGCAGCUCCUGCAGCAGCAGCAGCAGCAGCAGCAGCAGCAACAGCAGGCUGCCUACUUCCAGCAGCAGCAGCAGAUGAUGCAGCCACAGCAGUUCCCAGUGAUGCAGCAAGGAGCACCCGUGCAGCAGCAGCAGCUGAUGCAGAGCUAUUACCAGCAGCAGCAGCAGCAGCAGCAGCAGCAGCAGCAGCUGAUGGCCCAGCAGGCAGCCAUGCAGCAGAAGACCACAGCAGCAGCAGCAGCAGCUCAGCAGAAGCAGCAGCCCCUGGCACCGGCACAGCCCCAGGCCCAGCCCAGCCCAGCACCCCCGGCACAGCCACAGGAGCAGGGGGCUCAGGCUCAGCAGCAGCAGCAGCAGGCUCAGGGCACAGCACAGGGGCAGAAGCUGGGCUCGCUCACCCCGCCGUCCUCGCCCAAGGCGCAGCGCGCGGGGCAUCGCCGCAUCCUCAGCGACGUCACCCACAGCGCCGUGUUCGGCGUGCCCACCAGCAAAUCCACCCAGCUGCUGCAGGCUGCAGCUGCCGAGGCCAGCCUCAACAAGUCCAAAUCUGCUUCCACCACGCCCUCGGGCUCACCAAGGACCUCACAGCAGAAUGUCUACAACCCUCCUGACAUGUCCACGUGGAACCCCUUUGAUGAUGACAACUUCUCCAAGCUCACAGCUGAGGAGCUGCUGAACAAGGACUUUGCAAAGCUGGGGGAUGGGAAAGCUCCAGAAAAGGCAGGCAGUUCCACAGAGAACCUGAUCCCGGCUUUCCAGCCCGCUGCGUCUGCAGCCCCGGCGGAUGCGUUCGGUGGCUCCUCCUUCACUGCUGGGCCAGCUGAAAAAACAAAAGACAUUCUGAGUUUGGACUCUAGCCCUCCUCUUCUGACUGUGCCUGAUCCUUUCAUUCCUCUCCCGCUCUCCGACACGCCAGAAAAACUGAUUGAGGGACUCAAAUCUCCUGAGCCUGCACUCCUGCUCCCCGAGCUCCUGCCUCUGGCUGACCCCUUCGGCAGCACGUCAGACGCUGUCAAUGGAAAAGCUGACGCAGCAGUGGAGAGCCUGAUCCCGGGGCUGGAGGCGCCGCUGCCCCAGCGCCUCGUGUCCCAGAGCGAGUCGGUGGCCUCCAACAGAACAGACUCUCUCACUGGGGAAGACUCUCUGCUUGACUGUUCUCUGCUCUCUAACCCUGCUGCUGACCUCCUGGAUGAGUUUGCUCCCGUAGCUUUUGCAGCUCAGCCUCACAAAGAAGAUACUAACCUGAUAUCAGGCUUUGAUGCUCCUGAGGGCUCUGAGAAAGUGACAGAAGAUGAGUUUGACCCAAUUCCAGUGUUGAUAUCCAAAAAUUCACAAGGUCUUCAGAGGGAUCCGGGCCCCUUCCCAGCCGUAGCUCUUGAGCUCUGUAAAGGAGAUUCUGGCACUGAUGGACUCACUUUGUACAAGGCUCAGCCCGAGAUGCUGGAGGUGAAAGUGCAGCACAACUCAGAGUCAGAGUACUUGGCCAGGGAUGGUCCUUCAAGCAACAGCUCCUUCUAUAGCAGCGAAGGGGAGGGCACAGACCAUGAGGGAGAUAUUCUGGAUUGCAGCGGCUCCAGGCCUUUACUGAUGGAUUCGGAAGAGGAGGAGGAGACGGGCAAGCUGUGCCCAGGGUUCCUGCAGCCGCUGCCCAGGCACGAGGCCUCCAAGGAAGAUGUCCAGUCGCAGGCCCGAGCAGGGGAGAUGCUGUUCCCGGCUUUCCACAGCGGGGAGGUUUUUAACGAGCCCGAUGUGUUCGCCACGGCUCCUUUCCGAAGCUCCAGGAAGGUGCCCGAUGAAGUGGAUGUCUUUACCAAAGCUCCUUUUAUCUGUAAGGGCAGCGUGGCUCUGCGACAUCCAGAGGAAGCAGAUGUGUUUCUGAGAGCCCCUUUCACCAAGAAGAAGAGCAUGGAGGAGUUGACUUGCCACAAGGAGCCGUUCCCAGCACCCGUUUUCCCGAGCCCAGGGGGCGAUGGCCGAGCCCAGCCCGUGUUCCCGUGCCUGGAUUCAGCAGCACACGGCUCCGUGGGCCCGCCGAGAGCUCCGUAUCCUCCUGCUGGCUUUGCUCAGCCGGGCAGCGUCCAUCCCUGCUCCUCCAGAGCCGUGGAGGCCCAGGAGAGCGUCCCUGCAGCGCUGCCGGAGCAGGGCGACGCGGCCGGCGAGAGGAGCCACGGCCACGCGCUGGGCCUGGACGCCGCGCUGGGCUCCGUGGCCAACAAACCUUUCCGUCCUCAGUCCCUGUCCAAGUAUUCCCGGCACUACAGCCCUGAGGAUGGGCCAGGCCUGGAGGCCAGGCCCAUAGCUGCUCACAAAGUGGUGUCUCACAGCAGCAGACAGGCCAUAGCGGGCUCUGUCUCUGUUGUCCCGCUGUCUUCCAGGACUACGGAGCUGCCUGGUGCAGAUCCCUUCGCCUCGGCGCCCUUCCCUUCCAAAGCAGCAAAGCAGAAGCCUUAACGUGCCGGGAGCUGGAGGCUGUGCUGCCUGCAGGACAGCCUUGUGCAGGACCUCAAACCUCUCAGCUCAACUGGAUGGCAUAGCAAUAUAUACAUAUACAUAUAUAUAUAUGUGUGUGUAUAUAUAUACAUAAAAUAAUUAUUAUUUUUGGUCAGAACUCUAUUUGCAGUGAUAUAUAGCUGAACCAUUUAAGUUAUGUUUGUCCCAAUGCCUGGCUCUCAGGAUCCUUGUAUCCUUUCCAGUUGCUUCUCACCUUCCUCCUCUCACUGUCUUCCCUCCAUUUAGUUCUUUUUUCAGUUGCUUUUCUCAAACCAGCAGUAUUCCAUAUUUUCUGCUCCUGGGUGGAGGAAUGCACUACAAGAUGAAUUAAAAGGUUUAUUAAUUACAGAGCGAGUCAAGCAGGACUUGCUGAUGCUCUGGAAAGCAGAUGAUUUCAGAGGUUAGAGAGGUUAAAGGGUUGUUGUGAUUCUUGCUGUCAGUGAUAUUUGUGCUGCUCAGCAGCCCUGGUCCAGCUGUGCUGCUGGGUUUGUGCCCUGGCUGUGGUGCCAGCGUGGGCAGUGCUGGUGAGAGCAGAGCCAGGGCAGCAGCACAGCUUUGCUGCCCCAGGGCUGGGGCCAGGGGCAGGGAAGGACUCGGUGCUGUGAUCCCAGCAAAGCAAUCAGGCUCUUUCUGUUGCUGGAAAAUCAAAUGGUCACGCAAACAAUUCAGCAGAGCUUUCACUUUUACACAGUGAAAUUACAGUGUAUUUCCUGUCUGGUCUAUGCUGAGGUGUAGGACCUGGAAAUGUGCUGAUGGUGAAGGAGAGAUGUGUAUUCACAGUAUUAAUUAAUUAGUAUAAAUGAAUCAGAGCGCUGCCCUCGGUGCCCUGCCAGCGCUCUCGCCUCCUCUCGCUGCAGAACCCCCAGUUCCUCUGUCCCAUUCCCAGCUGCUCACUGAGGUUCCUUUCCUGUCCAGGUGCUCCCUGUGCCUGUCCCGGUCCCUGCUCCUGCUCUGAUGGAUCUCUGCUCGUUCCCCACUCCUGCCUCAGCCACCAGAAGUGCAGGAGCAGCAAAAUCCCUCCAACAACAUUUCUAGUGUUAAACAACCCAGGCAUUCCGAUACUCCUGGCUGGGAUGUGCAGCAGAAAUAAUUUCAGCCACACACAGCCCGGCUGUGCAGGGGAAAUCAUUCCAUGACACAUGAGUUUGAUCAGAUUUUUCACAUAUUUUGUACAGUCAGAACCCCAUAGAAAUUCACUGGUUGAAUGUUCAUUGCUUCCAGGUUACGUAGCUCAUUUCAUUUCCUGUUGGUUAGAGAUCUCUUUGCCUCUGGUGUUCAAUAGAUCCUCAUUCUUUCCCAGGCCAUGCUGGAGUUGUUUGAUGUUCCCUUAAUGGCUGCAACCUUUUGUUAUCUCCUUAAUUCCCAAUCUGCUGAGGCAUUAAACUCAUCAGGCCUCACCUGCUGGGACAAUGGCUUGGAGAGAAACCUCAGCUGCUCUGUUUUCCUCUUCCCUUAACUCAGUUCCCCUCCAGAAUAUCUCCAGCUGCAAGAGAUGAGCCAAGAGUUCUGCUGGAUGUGGGGAAAAGCCUGGGCUGAGGUGUUGGAGCUGUGGGUGGGGAGGGAGAGCCCUGGAAUGAGGGAGGCCAGGCUGGCUCCCAGUUGCUGGUGAACAGUGAGCCCAGGUCAGGGGGGCUCCUGGAGCUGGGACCCUCCUGCCCUGCAUUCACAGUUCAAUAUUAACAAUAUUAUAUAACAAUAUAAAUAUUGGUGCUUUCUGUCCUCCACCACCACCUCCUGAAAACAGAAGUACUGUAAAGAAGCUUCUGGGUUUCCCCUGAGAUGUUUCUUCAGCAAAGCUGAUGCUGUUACUAUGUUUUGUUGUUUCAUUUUUUGUUUAAAUAUACAUCCAAAAGUUGUUUUUUGUUUUAAAUAUAUGUUCCCCCAAGUGAGUUGUUGCUGGAUAGAAUCGGUGAGAGGCACGGAGAAUGACUGAGAGCAAACUGUGAAUUGAAGGAGAGUGAGUGUGAGAGCCCCACAAGUCUGUGCCACAGCCACCCUGAGCCAGGAGCUGCGCCUGAGCUCUGCAAUUCCCUCGGGAGCUGCUGGGAGCGAGGCCAGGCCUUGGUGCUGUGGGAUGAGCCUGUGGAACAGGAGAUGGAGUGAGCAGCUGCCCUGUGUAAACCAUUGCUGUUACCUCUGCUCACUGGUCCUCCUUCCUUCUCUUCAUUUUUACUUGAAAAGCUGUUUCAGAGCAAUUGAGUGAGUUCUGUCAGUGCCACGUCCAGGUCCCACGGAACUGAUGCUGGAGGAGCAUUUUCCUGUCCCUUCACACCUGGAGAAAGGGAAGGUGCACUGAGGUGUGCAGGCUCCACUCCAGCCCUGCUCGGUUUAGCUCAGGCUGAAUUUCCAGCUGGCGUUUCGGCAGCUUUUCUGUCCUUCAGGCACUUUACAGGAAGAGCAGGAUAACUGUCCCCCAGAACUCAUGAUCCUGCCAGACACAUCCGGGGCUGAAACAGUUUUAAAUCUCUUCUGGGGGUGGAGGCAGCUCAUUUGUAUCUUUGCAUGUGACUCAUAAAGUAAUGGCAUUUCUGGUUAUGGGCAGAAAACUCAAUUUCAAUGCCUGUUACUCUAACACUUCUCUCAUUUCCAGCCUGUGUUCCCCCUAAUCCUGCACUGCCGCAGCCUCAGCGUGAUGAGUUGGAAGUGGAAAUUUCAUUUCCACAGCCUCUGAAGCUUACUGUUUUAAUGAAUAGGGAAGAAUCAUGCUAAUUAUUUGCCACACAAUCAGUGAUCUUAAUGAAGUAAGAUUUACACAGUCUUAUACACAAUGGGGUGUUUUGAAAUCAGUUUUCUGAAAAGAACAACUGCUUUCAUGUCUCUCGUAAUGCUGGAGGAAAAGGUGUUCACUGCCCUGGGUCCUCAGGCCCGGAGCGCUGUCACCUCCCUGUGACAAUCGCGGAUUGGUGCUGGGAGAGGGACUGGCUCUUGGUUCUCACCCGCUGAAUGCACUAAAGCCUCUGUUCCAAGUGAUUAAUCAGAGUUUCUGUGUGAGUGAAACAAGCACCUGGCUCUGUGCUCGCUGCCGUGACGUUGGGCCGGUGCUGGGGGAUGUUUCUCCCCAGCAGGACUGUGGGGACUGUCCCCGUGUCCCCUCUCCUGUCGUGACUCCGAGCCCGUGUGAGCUCUGGUGACAGCAGCAAAAACAGGCGAGAUCUGCUUAAUUGCUGAACUCAAUCACUCCAAAGUGCUAAUUGCUUCCUUUAACUCAGCUUCCACCAAAGACUCUUGUGCUGGGCAGUUGGAUUUUUGUGGGUUUUUGUUUCUUUCCUGGUGGUGUUAAAUUGAUGCCUUCAAGCACACUGACAGACCCCAAAGCAUUUUUACAGUAAUAUCAUGGCAGUGAAAUCCUGCUCCAGUUCUGAAACACAUUCCUGAAAUCUGAGCAGCUGCAAUAGCGUUUCUAGAAA